GUACAGAUUUCACUCAGUCCGGAAGAGAGACGCAAUCAAUGCGGAAGAUAAACGUGAGUUUGUGUGCUUUUGGCUCGACGCUGUGCGCGCCAAGGAGAGGGUUUCCCCAAAACAACAGUCAGCACAUUGGACUGCUGAUGACCGUAAAAUGUCUCUCUGUCGGAUAGUUGCCUAAGCCUUUUGAAGUAGGUCUAAUGUAAAAUACAUUUUUGGAUUACACAAUAUCAGUUGUGCUCACUCGCGCGCAUACAUUCCGUUCUUCAACCAAAUGCCGAAGGAGAGGGAGAAAAGGCGAAAGUCCUCUAAGGAGGCAGGGCUAUCUGAGGGGUUUGUUAAAGAUCGCAGAACAAGUCGCAAAGGACCCGAGAUUCACGAUGAACUCUGCCAAAUACCAGAAGUAAGGUUAGCUGAGAUUAACUCAACUCGCAAAACCGCUACGAUGGAGGUGCUAACUGUACCGCAGGUGACAAUAACUCCAGAUGGAGGAAGCUCGCGGGAGAUCCAGCAGGAGGACUGGGCUGAGGUGGACGGUCCUCUGCGACGGAAGAUGUCCAGCUCCUCUAUCUCCUCAACAGGGUCCUCCGUAGUGCACGAAGAGUCAGAAGACGACAUUCUGAGUGACAGUGAGACAAAGAGCAAGGGCAAUAUCACGUUAGAACAUUUGUGUGAGGACACGGGAGAACAGAGCAAACCCUGGUGGAAGUUGAAGACCAUCGUCAACUGGCCUUUUGUUUCCUCCCAGAGAAGAAGCUUGUCCUGGGUCCAGCUAGCCGGACACAAAGGAAAUUUUAAAGCUGGCAGUGAAGGCACCAUUCUGAAGAAGUUUUCAGAGAAUGAGAAGCAGUGUUUCGAGAGGCUGCAGGGAGAUGUUCUCCAGGACUUUGUGCCGGGGUUCCGUGGGGUUGUGCAGACGGAUGGCGAACCCUUCCUGCAUAUGACCGAUCUACUGGUCAAAUUUGACAGACCUAGCAUUAUGGACUGCAAGAUGGGAGUAAGGACCUAUCUGGAGGAGGAGUUGGUGCGGGCGCGGGAUCGGCCCAAGCUCCGCAGGGACCUGUAUGAGAAGAUGCUGGAGGUGGACAGUGAGGGCCCCAGCCCAGAGGAGCACCUCCAGAAAGCUGUCACCAAGCCCCGCUACAUGCAGUGGAGGGAAACACUCAGCUCCACCCACACGCUUGGCUUUCGCAUUGAGGGCAUCAAGAAAGCCGACGGUACCUGUCACACAGACUUUAAGAAGACGCGGUCCACGGAGGAUGUUACCAAAGUCUUCAGGGACUUUGUGGGAGGCAACACCAGCAUACUUAAUACCUACCAGACCAAACUGGCAACAAUUCAACAAGCCCUGAGGUCAUCGAAAUUCUUCGCAAGACACGAGGUGAUAGGCAGCUCCCUUCUCUUCAUCCACGACCACACCGAGCGAGCCGAGGUGUGGCUGAUUGACUUCGGUAAGACCACGGCACUACCCGAGGGACAGACCCUGAACCACUGGAUCCCCUGGGAGGAGGGCAACCGGGAGGACGGUUACAUGUGGGGACUGGACAACCUAAUGAGGACGCUGGGCUCUCUCACCAAAACAAGGAACUAGUCAAGGAACUAGUCACGGAGCGCGUUAACGGACUAGCAGACGGACUAGCGAAUUGACUAUCGGGAGGGAGAUGGACUACACUACGCUUGCAGUUAUACGACACAGUGGCUGUAGCGUGCAGCCCCCCAGUCUGUCACACUUAGCGUAUACCAGCUACCUGCUGUAGAAAUCACACUUAGCGCGUACCUAGCUACCUGCUGUGUGCAGCACAACAAGGUGCAUUGUUCAGAGUGAGUAUGGUUGAAAACAAUGCUGUUUCGUCUGGAACCUGUUGUAGCACACAGGCAAGGGAGUGAGGUUUUUCUUUCUUUUAAUUUUUCUUGCACAUCUGUGCCUGGUGAAAAAAAAGGUCUUGUAUACAUUAUUGGGGUUAACCUGUGAGUGUGUGACGCUAUACAAUACGGGCUACGUAAGGAUGACUAUAGAAUGGAAGUCUAAAAUACUCCAAAGUGCUAUGAGAUUUACGUAUUGAUUGUUAAGCACGUGGUAUUUUAACUUCUUUGUUUUCAAACUAUAUAAAGACAUCAGGUCUGGUGUGUUCUAAAACAGUUACAUACACCAAUUAAUCUCUAGGAUCAUAUAAUAAUUGCGAAGGAAGUAUGAAUGAUAAGCCAAUCAGAACCUUUAGCAAUUAUUGCGUAUUGACAGUCUGUGAGACUAACCUCAGAAAAACACUAUUGCCUUGUCCCAAUGGGUUAGCACUGAUUGUGUAUUGGGAUUGACAUGUUAAACUCUUUAUUGACAUAUUAUAAAACACUUAUCAAAACACCAA